CUUUAAGAGAGAGGUGGGCUGCGCAGAAAUGACGCAGGAAUAAUAAUGAAAAGGAUGCUUCAAAAUUCCACACACCGACUGCAGCGUGUGUGGUUAACGAGCAGCCCAGUGAAUACACACAAACAAGAGGAAUCCCACAGAGCGCUGGGGCACUUUAGAUGCAGAUGCACGAAAGAAAGGCUGUGUGCUGGAGAGCUCAAGUUAACCUUGCAGACCAUUUGAUUCAUUCAACUCAAUAGAAUAGAGACAUCUCUAUAGUGGAGUAUUGACUUUGGACAAGUCAGAUUUGUUUGGAGAGUUUCUGAUAGUGGAAUGAACAAUUGCUUGAAAAUCGUUUAGGUGAAAAAGUGACACUUUGUUAGUCUCAGAACAUUUGGAAGAACCUGCACCAUGUUGCGCUUCUCGUGUGUCUGCGUGUUCAUUGUGUUGCUCCAGUCUUGCUCGAGUCAAGUGAAAGAGGACGUGGACGUGCUCGUGCUGCUUCCUCGAAGCAACUCGUAUAUGUUCUCGAUCGCACGGGUCACACCGGCCAUCGAGUACGCGAGGCAGCAGCUGGCACAAGGGCUCUUGUCCGGGCUCAAUUUCAGCGUGCGCUAUGUCACCUCCGAGUGCGGCGUGGAUGCGCUGUACGCGCUGGUGGACCUCGCGCGCCACGAGCGCCCCGACCUGAUCCUCGGUCCCGUGUGCGAGUACGCCGCUGCGUCCGUGAUCCGCGUGGCGACGCACUGGCAAAUCCCCGUCAUAUCAGCAGGUGCCCUGGCGUACGGCUUCAGCAACAAGAGCUCCGAGUACGCGCUGCUUACGCGCACCGCACCGAGUUACCUUAAGAUGGCCGGGACGUUCGCCACCAUGUCGAAGCAAUUCGGCUGGAAGAGCGUGCACCUGAUCUACCUCGACGACAAGGAGGAACGCAACUGCUACUUCACCAUUGAGGGGGUCCACGCGCUCCUGGAAGGCCAUCACGAUAUCUCUGUCUCCAUGAUGCACUCCAUAGAGCCGCUGGCGUAUGUGGACGAGAUCAUCAAGUCUAUAUAUGAGCAUGAAGUGAUAAUCAUGUGCACACAUACAGAUGUGGUAAGGGAGAUCAUGCUGAUGGCCCACAGACAGAAACUGACCACCAGUAACAGACUCUUCUUCAACAUCGAGUUAUUCAACUCCUCAUCGUAUGGCGAUGGAUCUUGGAGAAGAGGAGACAAAUAUGAUAAUGAGGCCAAGGCUGCAUACGCUUCUCUGAACACGGUGACACUACUGAGGUCAACCAAGCCCGAGUUUGAGAAUUUCUCACAGGAGAUGAAAAAGAAGAUCGGUGUGGAUGUUUGUGAAGGCUGCAGUAAUAUAAACAUGUUUAUGGAGGGUUUCCAUGAUGCUUUACUGCUAUAUGCGCUCGCCUUAAACGAGACAAUCCACAGCGGUUACAGUAAGAAGAAUGGAACGGAAAUCACACGUCGAAUGUGGAACAGAACAUUUGAAGGGAUUACUGGCCAGGUGUCUAUAGAUGCCAAUGGUGACAGAAAUGGAGAUUUCUCCGUUAUAAGCAUGACAAACGUUGAAACUGGAAUGCAUGAGACUGUCAUGAACUACUUCGGCACUAAUGGAAGUUUUCAGGUCUUACCUGGCUUUAAUACUGAACGGUUCACACUGCGAGGAGCACCGAGGCCACCUCUCCCAGAACACGAUGACCAGUCAUCAGGUGGACUAGGAUUAUCAGCAGUGACUGGAAUCAUAGUUGGAGGACUUCUUGGAACAGCACUACUUUUGGCAUUCUACUUUUUUAGAAAGAACUACAGGAUAACCAUUGAAAGGAGGGCACGGCGGGAACAGUGUGAUGGAAAACAUCGCCAGUUACGAGAGGACUCCAUCAGAUCCAACUUCUCAGCAGCAUAGGUUCUGCCACAUCACCAGACAAAUGGAAGUGAAGGGGAAGGUGUGCAUCAGAUACGUCCAAAGACUCAAUAAACACCACCCUUGGAUUCCUGAAAUAUUUCAAGACAUACUGUAGUGUUUUUUUUUCUUGUAAAUGUCUCUUAUUUUUGACUUUUGUAAACUCAGGAAUGUUGUAUUAAUUAAGGAGAGCUGCUCUUAAAAGCUUG